GCGGGCUCGGUGGGGAGGACGGUCCAGCUAUGGACGGACUCCGGGCCAGCGGCGGGCUGCUGCGGCGCGGGCGGCUGAGGCGCCGGCGCCCGCCGCAGCCCCACAGCGGGUCGGUCCUGGCGCUGCCGGUGCGACCCAGGAAGAUCCGCCGGCAGCUGAGGAGAAGCGUGGCGACCCGCAUGGCCGCGCUGCGGGCCCAGGCGCUGCCCAGCGAGGACUCGGAGGACUCGCGAGUCGAGUCGGCGGUCCAAGGGGCCGGAGACGCGCUCCGCGGCGACGGCGCGGCGGCGCUCCCGGACGCGGCCCGGCGAGAUGCGUACGGCCACCUGGGGGCCGGCGAGCGGCGGGAGGCCUCGCCCGCGGCCCGCGCGCUGCCCCCGCAGCCGGCGCGCCUGGGGGACGCGCAGCCCCCGCCGGGGCGCCUGGGGCCGACCGCGGCGCAGCCACCGCCGCCACCCGCGCGCCUGGGGGAGGCGCCCGCCGCGCCGGCCCGCGUGGCGGACGGCGCGGCCCUGCUCCUGCCCGGCCCCGCGGACGGCGCGGCCGCGGAGAUGCCCUGGGACUCGCCGCUGCAGCGCGUCUUGGCCGAGCUGAACCGCGUCCCCAGCAGCCGGCGGCGGGCGGCGCGCCUCUUCGAGUGGCUCAUCGCGCCCAUGCCGCCCGACCACUUCUACCGGCGCCUGUGGGAGCGCGAGGCGGUGCUGGUGCGGCGCCAGGACCCCACCUACUACCAGGGCCUCUUCUCCACGGCCGACCUGGACGCCAUGCUACGCACCGAGGAGGUGCAGUUCGGGCAGCACCUGGACGCCGCGCGCUACGUCAACGGGCGGCGCGAGACCCUGAACCCCCCGGGCCGCGCCCUGCCCGCCGCCGCGUGGGCCCUGUACCAGGCCGGCUGCUCCUUGCGCCUCCUCUGCCCCCAGGCUUUCUCGUCCACCGUGUGGCAGUUCCUGGCCGUGCUCCAGGAGCAGUUCGGCAGCAUGGCGGGCUCCAAUGUCUACCUCACCCCCCCCAAUUCGCAGGGCUUUGCCCCCCACUACGACGACAUCGAGGCUUUCGUGCUGCAGCUGGAGGGCCGCAAACUCUGGCGCGUCUACCGGCCCCGGCACCCGGCUGAGGAACUCGCCCUGACGUCCAGCCCCAACUUCAGCCAGGAGGACCUCGGGGAGCCCGUGCUGCAGACGGUGCUGGAGCCUGGAGAUCUGCUCUAUUUCCCUCGUGGCUUCAUCCACCAAGCCGAGUGCCAGGAUGGCGUGCACUCCCUACACCUCACCUUGUCCACAUACCAGCGCAACACCUGGGGCGACUUCCUGGAGGCCGUGCUGCCCCUGGCCGUGCAGGCUGCCAUGGAAGAAAACGUGGAGUUUCGUAGGGGCCUGCCCAGAGACUUCAUGGAUUACAUGGGGGCCCAGCACUCCGAUUCUAAGGAUCCGCGGAGAACAGCUUUCAUGGAGAAGGUGCGGGUCUUGGUUGCCCGCUUGGGACACUUUGCGCCUGUGGAUGCAGUGGCUGACCAGCGAGCCAAAGACUUCAUCCACGAUUCUCUGCCCCCGGUGUUGACUGACAGAGAGCGAGCGCUCAGUGUUUAUGGGCUCCCCAUUCGCUGGGAGGCUGGAGAACCUGUAAACGUGGGAGCCCAGUUGACGACAGAAACAGAAGUGCACAUGCUCCAGGACGGUAUAGCUCGGCUGGUGGGGGAGGGAGGCCAUUUGUUUCUCUAUUACACGGUAGAAAACUCCCGUGUUUAUCAUCUGGAAGAACCCAAGUGCUUGGAGAUAUACCCACAGCAGGCCGAUGCCAUGGAACUCUUGCUUCGCUCCUAUCCAGAGUUUGUCAGAGUGGGGGACCUGCCCUGUGACAGUGUGGAGGACCAGCUGUCCUUGGCAACAAUGCUGUAUGAUAAGGGGCUGCUGCUCACCAAGAUGCCUCUGAACUGACUCGUUUCUUGCCGACUGCUGUGCUCCCAUCACAUUUUGGGGGAGGCAAAAAUUCUUGUUCUUACUUGAUUACUAUCAGUGUGCUUACAUUUACCUUUAUGACUGCUUCGAUCUUGCAAGAAGUCUCCGUUGGUCUUCUAGGAAAUAAGGCUUCGCCUAGGCACAAAAGUAAAAGGCAGAAGUUGAAGUUGGAAGCAAUUUAUUCAAAUCUGGCAAGUGAAUAUUCUCAUGGUUGAUGGAAAAAAAGAGCCUGGUGUACCAGAGAGAGCACUGGACUUGGAAGCAGUUUGGUUUGGGGUGGUGGCUAGGAGGCAGCUGUCUGAGUGACCCGAGGUUGAUGCUGGAUCUGGGCACACAGAUUUUGGAAGUAUAUUUUGCUACAGCUUGAUGUCUGCACCUCAUCAUCAAGGUUAUAUUUGUAAUCUUUAAGAUUUCAUUAACAGAACUGGUAGGUUUUGUUAUGAAUGGGAACUUUAAAAGAUUUUUUAAGUUGCAAAAGCAUCGUUGUACGUAAAAUAAAAAUGGUGG